AAACUUUCCAAAAUGUCUGAAAUCUGUUCGAAGACUCAACAUAGAACUAUAAUUUCGCCCACUUUUCUCGAUCUACCUCUGGACAUUUUUGAUUUAAUUUUGGGGAGGCUAAAACCUAUGGAACUACUGAAAUCUCGUGACGUGUGUAAAAGUUUGAGAAGCGCUGUCGAUAGUUUUGGGUUUCGGUUUGAUAGCAUUGACUUCCACUUUCAAGAUGAACACGUGACGAUUGUGCUCCAAGAUGACGGAAAAAGAGAGCUCCAAAUCAACGCGGAACAUUUCACGAAAAGCAGUUUGAGAAUAUUAUUGAAGCACGCAUCCGCCUUGAACUUUUAUGACGAAACAAUGGAUAGAUAUGAUGUUAUCGGAUCAUUCAUCAAAAUUCUAAAAUCCGAACAAUGUAUUAAAGUUAAGGAAAUCAAACUUUCUCGUUUCUCAUUCGAAAAUGUUCUUACUAUUCUCCCAUUCUUCGAUGCACAAGAACUCCAAAUAAUCGAUUUGUUGACGUCUGUCCUGGCUAGCCAUUUCGAACUGAUAACCCAUCUGAGCCAAUGGAAAAAUUCAAAAUCUCUGAAUUUUCCGCGUAAUAUCGACAGUAAAGAAGUUUCCCAUAUGUUUCAUUUCGAAAACUUCAAUAUCAAAAUGCUCAACUUCGAUACUCAAGCUGCUGUGAAAAUGAGAGAUGAUCUAAUGAGACGAAGUACAUUCAAAAGUUGCAGUAUCGUCUUUAAUAAAUUUGAGUCGCCGUCAAAUAUUGAACUUGCAAAAGUAUUCAGACCGGACUGUACUGGAGGCUAUAAAAGAUAUAGGGACGAUACUGGCGACGAUGAAUUUGCAAUUAAAUAUUCAAAUGAUCACUUGUACUACUUUUCAAUUAAAUGUGAGUAUGGAUGGCAAUAUGAAUUUACUUUCUCUGUGACAAGAUUGUUUUCCGACCAAUUUCCGAUGUUUUAAUAUUUUUUUAAAAGUGUAGUAUAAGUUUGUUUUAAUAGUUAUUGAAAUAAACUUUAAAAAUG